AUGACCAAUGCAGUUGCGGAGGGCAUGCUGGGGGUGCAGCUGCCGCCGUUUGUCAACCCGUGGUACCUUUUCCUGGACCCAAAAUUCGUGGAGGUCCACUGGGGCUACCAAUUUGUGGUGGCGCUGUUUUUCCUAGUAUCGCUGCCGGUCAACAUCCUGUUCAAUGCGGCUGCCAGCAGCACAGCCGCACUCGUCUGCACCGGGCGCCACAGAUGGGCCGACCCCCCUGGCACAAGCAAAGGCGGCGGCGGCCCGGCCACCACCACCACCGGCAGCGGCAGCAGCAGCAGCGGCAGCAGCGGCGGCAGCGGCAGCAAGCUAAGCAUCAGCGGCGGCACGGCAGGCGGCAGGCGCGCGGCCGCUGCGGCAGCAGCCAUGGCCUCGGGCGCGAAAGGGGGCGCCUCAUUCGCCGCCGCGGGCGCCGGGCGCGGCGGAGGCGCCACGUUCAAGGGGGACACUCAGGGCCAGCAGCAGCAGCAGCCGGAGCAGCAGCAGCCGGCGCGCGCGCCGCCGCACCCCGGCACCGGCCCAGUCGCGCAGCUGAAGGCCGGCCUGGCCGAGGCGCGCCGCGGCUGGCGCGCCGCCGCGCCGUCCCUGCGGCGCGUGUGGCUCGUGGACCUCGCCUUCAACGCGUGGUCGCUGCCGCUGCAGGCGGCGUCGCUGCUGGUGCUGCCCGUCUUCUGGACCUUCCCCCGCCUGCUCGCCAUCCAGCUGGCCGUCCCAGCGGCCGUGCUCGCCGGCACCGCGCCCGCCGCGUCGCUCGCGCGCUCGCGGCAGCUGAUGGCGAAGCAUGCGGCGGCCUACGCGUGGCCGUACCUCGCGCUCACCCUCGGCGCGCGGGGCUUAGACGCCGGGAAGCAGGCGCUGCUGCUGGCGGUGCCGGAGCGCUGGUGGCGCGAGGUCAUAGAGGUGCCCAUCGCCGUGACCAUCGGGUUUGCGAUCGCCAAGCUGCUGCUCGUGAGGAUGCAGGACCUGCUGCCGCUGGCGACCUACCUGCGGCUACAGAAGGAGGAGGGCGGCGGCGCGACCAUCGGCGGCAGCGGCGGCGGCGGCAGCGGCGAUCAUGGCGGCAGCAGCGUCGGCAGCGCUGGCACGCCGCAGUCGGGUAGCGGCGGCGGGAGCGAGGGCGACUGA